AACACACCCUCUGAUAUACUUACUCUUGAUAUGGGACUUGUAGAGAACCCUUACUUUCUUACUAUUAUUGGCAUUCUGCUACUAUUGUUUAUUUAUUGGUUGGCCAAAAGCACUACACUACUUAUCAACACCCGCCAUUCCUGCUUGGGCUCAAUGAGCCCCUACCAUCUUUUCCUUCGAUAUUUAGCCUACCCAAGGACUAGCUGGCGGGUUGGAGGCCUUGACAAUCUGUCGCCAUUGCAAGCGGUGGUACUUUUACUCUAUAUUUCCGCCAACUGCGUUGCCAACUUCGUCUGGACGAAGUCUGUCUCAGAAAAGGGAACUCGUGCUGCUCAUCUCUCCCUUAUAAACCUGCUACCUCUAUACUUCUCUGGUGGCCAAGAGUUUAGUGCGCGCCUUCUUGGGCUAUCCUUAGAGGCAUAUGGAAUCAUCCACCGCUCUGCAGGUUUUGUGGCAGUCCUCCAAGCAACUGUUCACGUUAUCAUCUCCUAUCAGGACAUGGUCUUCGACGUAUCUAAGCCAACAGAUUUUUGGGGUCUUCUGGGAGGGUGUAUGUUUUUGUCCCUCUUAUUGCUGCCAAUGGUAAAACGUCGAGUGUACGAGUUGUUUUUAGCCACUCACUUAACAUGUGCUGUCCUUGGCCUCAUCUCAAUCUGGCAACAUCUUAGAUCGAUGCAUAAUAUGUCCCGCAAAUAUCUUCUGGCAUGCAUCUGUAUGUUCUCAAUUACUGGGGCAUUUCAGGUAGCGCGCAUUCUUUAUCGGAAUAAAGUUCUGGGAAAGAAAACAGUCCGGCUGGUCAUGAAACCUUACACAGAAGAAAUCGUGCAAGCUGUACUGUAUCUACCUCGCCCGUGGGUGGUACGUGCUGGGGAGAGAAUCAGUCUCGGGAUACCAUCACUAGGGCUGUUCUAUCUGUUCCAAUCUCAUCCUUUUGCAAUCACCUGGUGGGAAGAUAAUGGUGAAGGAGAAGCCAAUUCCAUCUUCUUGAUGUUCCGGGCACGGACUGGCUUUACUCGAAAGGUCCUAAAAUACAUGGAACCGGACCGCGAGUACUGGGCUUGGAUAGAUGGACCAUUUGGGCCAUCCCCGGUCCAUCACUACGGUCUCUCGAGAGAAGUAGGUGACUAUGGACACAUACUGAUGAUCACUACCGGAAUCGGGAUCGCAGCACAGCUUCCCUAUAUUAAAGAACUACUGCACAGGCGCCGCAACGCUAGGAUAAUAACACAAAAGAUUACCCUAGUAUGGCAACUGGAUCGAACGGGUGACUGGGAGAGUGCUCGGGAUUGGCUUCAGAACCUUGUCAAGCAAGACGAUGGUUAUAUGUUAGAGGUUAUGGUUUACGAUCCUUCAAGUGUGGAUAACCUCCAGGAGCCCCGAAAGAUUGGCCACCACGAUCUAAUUGCAUUCUAUGGGGGUAAAGUGGAGUGGAAAGAAGUGCUCUCCGCCGAAAUGCAGCGACAGUCUGGCAAACUUUUGGUGACGGGGCAGUUUCCGCUCGGCGCCGUAUUCGGGGCUUGGUGCGGCGGCUGGUGA